AUGGUCGCCGAGGCAUCGCGACCUCUUCUCCUGCCUCAAAAUCGAAAAUUGCGGCAUCUCCAAGGCAUAUACUUCCGCAAUCUCGCCUUAACAAGGCCGCGCGGAAAAACAAUUGACGAUGCCGCCCUUAAUAAGACUCCGCAGAAGCUCGAAGCCCUUCGCGAAUCACAACUUCAUCAUGCACACUCCUCCGGGGAUUUGCGGCGGCCGAGUUCGCGAAGAGAUAGCUCGAGCUGGGUGGGGGGCGAUCCUGGAUCCCGUCAGAAGAGGCUCGAGGAUGUGAUAGACAGCCGAAUGGCAGACACAUUCUUUACGCUGCAUUGCGAAGGGCAGGAUGAUCCUAUAUACGUCAGCGAAGUAAUGGAGAAGACUAUGAAUCCCACAUUUCGAUUCUUUGACCUCUCCACCCUUGGUCCAGCUAUCACACGUCUGGAUACGGUUAUGGUCAGGAUAUGGGUUAAGAGGGAGGGCUUUUCGCCGCUUGUUGAGGAGGAGGUAAAACUCCCCGCACUGCAAUUCAUCGGCACUCUCGAAAACCACCCAUUUCCGCCCAAUUGCAUUCUUUUCCACCUUGCCGAUGGCAUUUACACCACCGAAAUGACCUCCAAACCUCCGAAACCGAAACCCGCGCCCGAAUUGCCGACCUCCUCCUACAGCGCCUUAAUGAGGCUGGCGAACCUCGACGAAUCCAUACAGGAUGCACUCGCAACACGAGAAGAGCUAGCGAAUCAGAUCAACGUGAUCUUGAAAGAAACACCAAUUGAUGAAUCUCCACAAGCGCGCGAAGAGGCAGCACUUGCCCAACGUUAUCUUACUUCGGAACGCAAGCUGCUCAAGCAAUCCUCAAGGAGACGCGCAGAGUUGAAAGCUUCAAUAGCCGCACGCAGAGAGGCCAUUCAAUCCGGCCGAGAAGCACAAGCACGAGUAUUGGAUGAUAUCACCAACGCCCAAGACAAGCUCGCACAAUCGCGAGCGUGCUUGAGCAACACGGCAGCAGACACCCGCCAACAGCGGCGGCGUCUAUGCGAAGAGCUCCUAUCUAUAUUCCCCAUCGAACCAACCUCCUCGCCACUCCUCUUUACAAUCUGCUCCCUUCCUCUUCCGAACUCCCAAUUCGACGAUGCGGAUGAAGACUCCGUUUCCGCCGCCCUGGGAUAUGUCGCCCGUGUAGUCGAGAUUCUGCAAUACUAUCUCAGUGUCCCCCUUCCAUACCCCGUUACGCCCUACGGAUCUCGAUCUAUAAUCAAUGACUACAUCUCCACAAUACAAGACAACCAACGCACAUUUCCCUUAUUCAACAAAGGCACUCUGCGGUUUCGUUUUGAGUACGGCGUCUUCUUAUUAAACAAGGAUAUCGAACGGCUCGCCGAAAGCCAGGGAUUGAAAGUUUUGGAUAUUAGACAGACGCUGCCGAAUUUAAAGUAUUUGCUUUAUGUGUGUAGUGCUGGGACGAGUGAGUUGCCUACGAGGAAGGCGGGCGGUGUUAAGGGACUGCUGAAAGUUGGCCGGCCGUGGGAUGCUGGGAGCGUGAGCAGUAGGAGGGGCAGUGAUGAUAGUGGAGCUGGUAGUGGCGUAGGGGAUCAGCUCCGCAAGGCGCUGGAAAAUGGUGGCAUAGAUGCCAGGAAGGGGAAGGGGAACGGAGGUGGGCCUGGAGUCUUUGCAGGGACUCAUGUCAAGAGUUUAAGAACGCGUGGUCUCAGAGAGAAUGUCGUCAAGUAA